UCUUGCUAUGCGAAGGGCGCGCCGAUGGACCCUUGUGUCUGCACAGAUGGUCUGGUGGUUCAAGCACGGUCUUAUUCCGAGUUCACUUUCUUCGGAGCGUUUGUCUUCGAAUGCUGCGGAGGUGAUGCCCCGUUGCGGGACUGCGAGUUUCCAGAGCGCCAUCGGCGGCAUGGUGAAGUGUUCCGCACUUUGGCUAUUCUCUUUCUGGUCUGCGGAAUCCUGGGGACAAUGCUCACCACGUGCUCCCUGAAUGCUAGGAGGAGAUAUCUGCCACUGACACGCGGUGACGCUGAGCUCCUCGUGCCCAAACUGCAGGGGGACGGGCGGGCAUUGCACCAGGCAGUUGCGCUGGAAAGAUGGUGCGUGAGCCUGCAAGACCUGCAGCAGUUCCGGCGACUCGUAAUGCACGCAGUGUCUGGGGGUGUGAUUCAGCCAAACGAGCGAGACAUGUUCGAUGUUCGAGAUUUUCAUGUCGGACCCUCGGUCUACACCGUCAAUGAGCACUUCAUUAAGCCAGUGACUGCGGCUGCUGGAAAAAUGAGCAUUUACGAGUUUAUUGACCGGGUGGAGAGUUCCUGGCCUUCGGGUGCAAGGGGCGCCUAUGUCUGCUUCCUGUCUAACCCACAAAAUCUUGACAUUGGAAGCCUCAUCGCGCGCCCGAGUGAAUCACCCUUUGCUUUGGCCUUACGCUCGUCGUCAAUGGUUCUGGUCCUACCAAACAGCAAAGUCUCCAUCCACACCCGCCUUUGGUGUGUCUACGAGGCCUUCCUCGCAUACUGGUGGGGGAAGACCAUCAAAACAGCGAAGCUAAACUUGGGGUUUUGGAGGUGCCUUUCGCGGAUGGCAUGCUUGUACUUCGCAUCAACUGGGGCCGCGUGGUUAUUGCUCAUGGAGGGUGUGCUGCCUCUUCGCGGCCUGCUCACUUUGGCGGCAAUCUUUGGAUCGAUGGGAUGCAUCCUCUAUCUCUGUGUGGGCCGCCAACUCUUGCGGCUGAUCGUGUGCUUUCCCGUGGUGCAAGUGUGCAAUGCAGUGCUGUGCAUUUCUGUCAGUUGGAUCUUUUCCAGCCUGCUCUUCUUGGACGAGGAAGGCACGCUGGGUUCGACAUGUGGGUUAUUGAUGUUGUUUUUCUGGGGUUUGGUUCUCUCCUGCACUGCAGAGACAGAUUGGCUCCUGUUCAGAGACGCUGAGAUAAACAGCGGGCAUCUUCGAAAGGAUUUUUCAGGUCGAAUUUUGGAUGCUGGAUGCUCAUCGAGCUCAGACAAGGAAAACAUCCACCAUGAGGUUCUUCAGAGUGGUAAGAUGCACGAGGUGGAAGAAGCUGUGAGGGUUUUGCUGCAAAUGAACGUUGUGACCAACGAACUCCAGCGCACUGCAGCUUUAGUUGGGAAGCUUGGUGCGGGCUUGUGGCUGCUGGGCUUCAUGAUUUCACCAGCAGGUCGGAAGAAGUUUGCAGCAGUCAGCCUCCAGCUUUGGCUGCCGGCCCUCUUGAUGUUGAUGACGUUGCCUUUGUUCGGACUCUCUGCGGAUCAGACAAUCUUCUGGUGCAACAUCCUUGGAGGACUUCUGCUGGGUCCUUCCCUCCUGGUCAUACUGUUUGCUGGUCCCUACCGUGUUGCGCAUGUUCCAUUCUUGGGACCUGCGCUCGUGCGGUUCUUCCUUGGAAGCCAGUCUUGCCGCUGCCAAGGCCGUGCCUCGCCGUCCCCGGACUCCCAGGAGGGAGCGACCGGUGGCCUCAUCCUGCGGCCGGGCCCUGGAGCCGAAGGCCGGAUUUCUGCUCUGGCGGCUCAUCACGCCACUGCACCACAACAUAAGCGCAAGCUGCUGAGCCAGCUUGGAAUGGGCCGAGGCCGCCGCCAACCGCAGCCUCAACAGCAAUGGGACGCCCGGGACGGCGGACAUGGCUACCACGAUGGCUACAAGCUGUGGCGUGGUGCCAAAUCGCCCUCGGCCCCGGCUGCAAGGCCCAAGGCUCCAUGGAAGGCGGAUGCUCGGGCUGUGACCCUGGACAUACCCAGCUACUCCUCCAUGACCUUGCCGCGCACUUCGAAUGCUGCACAGGCUGGAGCUGUUGUGGAGAUUACCGAUGGGGACGAGCAGCUGGUCCCUUCAGUGCAAACAGCUCUGAACGGGGCCAGAAAGGCCGAGCAGCGUGUGGCACGCCUGAAGCAGGCACAUGCAGAGAGCAUCGAGAAGUACAAGCUUUGGGAGAUGAAGAUGAAGGAAUCCUUCCGAAGAGAACGCGGCCGUGCUUUGAAGGACCAGGAAAGGAUUCUAAGGGAGCUAUCCGAAGCAGAAGCGUUGCAGAACGCUGCUCGGGCUACCCUGCGAGCCGUGGCGUACAAUAUGGAGCAUGGUAUUCCUCAGGAUGUGGCCAUGGAGGAUGUCCCCUCCGCCGACGCCGUCUUCGACUCCUGGGCUGCGGAAGAACGUACAGACUCGAUGGCAGUGUUACGGAGGGCUUUGGCUUCGGAGAUCACGCCCGUAAGGCCCACCAUGGUUGCCCCUCGCACGCCGACGAUGCCGAGCUCCAUGCCAGCUAUGUCUGCUACGCCUCCGGCUGUCAUCGACCCCUACCAGGCUGUACGGACUCCAGCGGCAUCUGCACCGCCAGGUUUGAUGCCACCGGGAGUUCCCUUGCAAGCUCCUGUGGACCCAGGGCAGCCGCCGGGACCGGUCGGCCUUACCUCGGAACCACUGCCAGCGCACGACUCAGCGGUUCCUACGGGCUACGGUCCGAGCCCUCCUUUGCACGACCGUCUGGCAAGACGUCGUGCCCUGGAGCCCUUUGGGCGUGCAAGAGCGGAUGCAGGGGAAGAGAAUCCCGGGACAGCGACGCUGGCCGAGGCACAGGCAGCACUGGCUGCAGGCAGACGCAUCCGGAUCUUGGAGGACGACUCCGACGAGUUGGACACUGCUGCAACAGAUGGCAAUGCUGGAGUGGUGGCGAUGGCGGUUUUUGGUGUUCUCACCGUCGGUUGCAGGAUCAGUCGGAUGUCUCUGAGCCUCACAGGCUUUUGGACUCACCUGCAAGGCACUGCCUCUGCCAAUGCCCUUCUCGAUUCGGGCUUUGGCCCCCAUACCAUCUCCGAGCUAUCUUCCAUUGGAGCUGCCGGAUUCGUGUUUUAUUUCCCCGACCGAGGCCUCGAAUCUGCUUUCUCGAGGCAGGCUCUGCAGUAUUUGGUGGUUGCUGCAGAGUGCCCGGCACCACCCAAGGUCCUACCAUUUUCGCACAGGGACUUUUCGGGGUCGAUAGGGGUGGUUCUGGCCAGGGGCCUAAGAGAGGCACCAGUGCAGAUCGGGGAUUGGCUUACUUCACGCUCACCCUGUGAUGGUCGCAGCGAGCUCAGCCAUGUCUGCCUCCUCCUUUCUGCGACAUCUUACCAUUUCUGCAGGGGCCAAAGAGAGACAUCGGUGGCUCUGGGGUCUCCUCCUGCAAAUGACGUCUCCUCCCUCAUGUGGGACCUCGUUGUAACCUGUGUUGUGCAGGGCGGCAGUAUUGCUGCCGCUUUUCUGGUUACAAUUGCAGCAAUACACUUGCUCGUGCUUUGGCGCUUGCUCUUGAACGUGCCCAUAGCCCUGGUUCUGCCAUGGGGUUACGCGACGUCGCCUCAGCACUCACGGAAGCCCAUGCUGCGGCAACCCCUGUUCCCGCGCACUCAGGUUCUGACCCGGCUGAUCACAUCAGAGAUCUUUUUGACUCUUCCAGCCACUCUUGAACAGUUCGUUGACCGUGUCUACGAGGCCGCGCCAUCGCCGCUUGAUGAUUGUUUGGCAACGGUCCUCUUUGAUGCCCGGUCGAUGACAGGACAAGAAGUGCAUCUUGAGGAAGGUGACACCUUGUGCCUCGCGCCCACACGGCAUUUGCCACUUUGGGGGCCCUCUCUAAUGCGCUCCCUGCAACAGCCAACGCCGUGGCUGAGCAUGGAUCCAGUCCCUGCGACUGCCCGAGCUCUGUGUGUACUCAUUUUACAUGAGUCUGGCAAGUACUUGUUCAGCGACCUAGUUCAGUGUGACUGGCAAAACUGCCUGCGUGUCACGCACUUUGUGGGAGUGGAGAUGUCGGAAUCAAGGCUGGUGUCCGCUUUCGAUUUAACCUCCUACGUCUACCACGGGACCCCAGUGCGGGGAAUCAUUGCAGUCCUAAGGCGCAGCACUGAGCGUGACCAGCAAAACCGCCCCCUUCCAGCAGUUCUUUUUGUAGACAGCCGCCCGGUUGGACAAGAUGUGAACUUCUGCGUGCUGGAUCACUACCAUGUGUCGCGCGAAUUUCUGCAAAGGUACGUGAAGUGUCCUACUCCACCAGGCCAUAGGUUGGCUGUCAUGGGGGGACAGCUAAGGGGCAAUGGGUUUGAUUUCCAUAGUGGCGAGGUUUUGACACUAGCCUUCCUUCCUGUUGAGCAAGGCGCGCCUGAAGCAGGCGAAUCCGAACCCGAUGGAUCUGACGACCCUUUCGACCCUUCCGACGAUGGAUAUGGGUCUGAUGAGUCUACCAGGUCUCGUUCACGUCGCCGGGAUGUUUCCCUUUCGAAAGCUAGUGGAGACAGCUCAUACCAAAGCCACUUGCCCGCACCCGCCGACACCAAUGAGUCCAACCGGAAGCCGAGCCAGGAUUCAUGCGGCAUAUUGGCGUCAACAAUGCCCCUGCCCUUUGAGGUGUGCGUCUUUGACGGCUCUGGCGCAAUCCACUUGACUCUGCAUUUUGGGUGCAAGCUGACUGCAGCCAACCUUGCUUUCACUUGCCCUCUCGCGCUGAAGCGUGAGGCGCCACCCCGCCUUGUCGCUAAGAUUGGCGACACACCCCCGCUGCACACUUCGCUUCGCAAUCUUGGCGGUGGCGAAGGCCUUCCUCGAUUGCCAGAUAUGCGUGACCUGGGCGACCACUCACCAGCGCGCGAGCAGCCGCCGGACCUGUUCGUGGAAGCACCUGAGUUUCUCGAAAACCCUGUGCCCGUCCCCAGGCUCCGAGGUCUCUUUGUAGUGCUUUGCGAAGACUACCGUCCAGAGGUGAUCCCUCUCAACUUCUGGCUGCCUGUGGCCCAAUUUCAGGUUCUGCGCGAAGUGCAAGCCAUGCGUUUACCGGAUGUACGGCAAUACUUUCCGAGACUGCUUGAUGUAAGGCCCCAGCCCUGCGCCAGUUUCGCCGUGCUGCUUGGAAUCACGGGUAUCCCCGGCCCUUUCUGUGACGUUGUUUUUGACUGCAGGGCCGUCGGCGGGUUUGUUUUCGCUGGGCAUGCUGAUGCUGAAGCCAACCGAGCCGAGCUUCUCGCCAUAGCAGGUUUUGCACAUCGUCUUGACGCGGACGUUUGGGUACCCUCCUCUCGAGGCCCCUUGCAAGACCGCCAGCCGGCACGCCUAGAUUUCGGGGACUUGGUGUCCAUUGCUCCUCGGGGAAUCCUGCCUCCCCGUUUUGCGCCACUAGCCGAGAUGCUAAGACGCCCAGAGGACUGGAACACUCGUGCUGAGAUCCCUUUUGCCUCGGAUCCAGGAUUGUGGCUGUUAACAGACGAGGGGCCUUGCUAUCACCCGCUCCCCGCCGGGGCAGGUCGCAUCCCCCGGGAUGUACUCGCCGAGAGUCUUGGAUACGACAGAGAGCGGCUUGUAGCUGUCCCGCCGUACCCUCAGCUACGAGGCCUUUGCAUCAGAGGAGUUGCUGCAUCAGCAGUUCUGGUUGCCACUCAGUGUUUACCCCACUCCACUGAUGCCGAGCCCAGAGCCAGCGUCAUCAUUGUUGACUUGCGGCCCCUGCAGCUAGGUGUCACAUGGAGGCUAGCAUACAGGGGCAUCUUCUCCUUGCAGCGCUUCGCUGAAGACCUCGACUAUCCUUGCCCCGAGGGUUUUCAGCUCACGGCAGAGGGAGCACCACUCAUACCAUCAAGGCCAGGGGUUGUGUUACGUGUUGUUGAAGGCUCCCGGAUCACCGUGGCAUGCGUUCCUAUCCCACCUGGGGUACUUGAAGAGACCCGUCAUCGUGAGGCACAAUCUGGUGGGACAGGCUCCGACGGCUCCUCCCCAAGGACACAGGAGACCGAUAUAGACAUGAGUUCGGCUGGCAGCUCAAGUGCCCGGUCAGCGGGGCCUCCCACACCAGAGUCUUUGGGACAACGCCCUGAGCACAGCCAUAGGAAUGCCAGCUUCGUUCUGUUGAACGUCGCCCAUGUCCUGUGCCCGCACAGCCUCCUCUUACUUGCGCUAUCGGCCGCGCCUGUAGCAGCAUCUGCCCCCCCAGACAUUGGAGGCCGCAUUCCUUAUGAACCAUCAGAUCUUUAUGGCAUUGGACUCCUGUCGUUUGGGCUGUGGCAAGCUUUUGUGGCUAGCCAGCCCUUUGCUGCACUCAAGCUCCUGUGUGAGCCCUGUUGCGCAGGCCCUACAGUGCAGUCAGCCUUGUCAGCAUUGCGAACUGCGACCAGGAACCUUGGGCUGGCAUGGCCACUCAUCCCUGCCAACCUUGCCAACUUCCUUGACCCGGAGACGGAGGCACCCGCGCAGGAAGCUGGAGCCCAACUCACCCGCAUUUCCUUUGCUGUGUUGACCCCAGAUUACCCUCCGGAGACUGGGGAAGUGGAGUUAGAUUUGCCCUGUACACCAGAAGAAGUCAUUCAAGCUGUUCAGGCCUCCCGCCCCACUCCCUGCCACUUGCGCUUCCCAUUCUUGAUCCCUGCAUCUCCACAGUCUGUGGUUGGACACGCUGUCCUGCUUGCGACACCGAGAUGGGCACCUUUAGCGCUGACUGUUCUGGUUAACACAUCAGCAAUUGACGGCCGCAUUUUCGCUUGCUAUGCACUCGAGUAUGCGGAUUAUAGCACUCUGAUUGCCAUGGCAGACCUGCCACCUCAGACAGCUUAUGACGUCUAUGCUGGCGACGACGACCAGCCCCUCAACGAGGGAGUACAGAUUCACCUGUUCCCAGGCAUGCAGAUUGCCAUCACCUUUGCUGACCAGCAUAUUGCUUUCGGGUUGCCUUUCGCCCGAACCCUGAUGCUGCCUGAUGCAUGGAGCCAUGCCUUGCCUUUUCCUCAGCUCGACCUUGACCAAGCCUCUUGUGUUGUACACGAAGGCAGGCAUGUGCUAUGUCUCGAGGACCACCGGAGUUCCAUAAGCUUCGGUGCGAAAUUGGCACGCAGAUUUGGCAUUGAUGAUAGGCUGAUUCACACCCUAGCAGCCUCCCCGGCACCGCCUAACAUCGCCUUGGAGGGAGUGAAGUGCCAAGCCCUUAUCGCGGUCUGCGAGAAGCCACGCUCUGGUAACGCGGGUGCCAUUUCAGGCUUCUUUUUGGAUCAGAGGCCGAUCCAGGAGGGCUUCGCUUUCAUGCACCUGAGGGAUCCUGUGCCUGAUGUGCCAAGCCUCCUUCGCAUCUUUCAGGCUGACGCCCCUAGAGGCUGGGUACCCCGUUUCAGUAAUGAGCAUGAGCCUGAUGGCCACCCUACUUUCACUUCUGGCUCUGUCGUUGUCGUCGACUACGUGCCUGAGCCUGAACCUUCUGACGCCCCUGAUGGCGACCCCGAGGCCAAUGAUACCGCGACCCAGGGCAACACUUCUGCGCCACUCAGCACAGAGCACCCUGCUGCCAACGCAGAUGGCUCAUCUCAUCCGGGCGGAGGGGAUGACCCACCGCGUGGCCAGGAUGGAGGAGAUGACGACCACCCGCAUCCGGAUAGCGGCGCCGACACUCGCCCCACGCUGCCAGGGGUGUUUUUGAUUCUCAGUCAGGACUACGCCACUGAAUUGGUGGAGGCAAGGAUCCCCCUUGACACUCAAGCUGCUGUGGCGUUGCUUUAUGUGUCGCAAGCUCGAGCUCGUCAUGAUCGAGAUCGUUUCCCCAUCUUGUGUGCAGUAGAGCCACAACCUUUGGGCGCUCAGGCUGUCCUGCUUGCACUGCCACAGUGGGCUCCUGACGGGGUGAUUGCAGCUUUUGACCUCACAACCAUUGACGGGCGCAUCUUCGCCCUCAAUAUCGGACGCCGUGCUACACGGGCCGCCCUCUUUCAGGCAGCCGAGCUCCCAGAUCACCCCCGCUUUGAAGUCUUCGUUGGAACGAUGCCGUGGCCAAUUCCAGCUGACACUGCAGUUGACGUCAGGCACGGAGACCUGAUUCAAUUCACUUUUGUCGGUCGAGGACAUUCAAUUGUGGCCUCCUUCCCGGACAUGCUUCGAUCAGCGCAUGGCUGGCAUGCGGACCCGACUUUCAUUAGAGCCUAUUCCGGUUGGAAUCUGGAUGACACGUGGGUCGUCAAUGAGGAUAGGCCUUUCCUCUUGCACGUGUCAAGUGCCAGGCGGCGGUAUGUCCGUCAGGAUCUCGCCCUCCGUAUGCGAAUCCCAGCUGACGAACUUAUCCUGCGACCACCCCAGCUUCGAAUUAGUGAUUUCUCUAACAGAGGUUGGGUGACAUGCAGUGUUCUUUACGCCGCCAGAACGCUCCACGGCCAUCAUUACACGGCGGCAAGAGACCCCUUCUGCUUUGUUGAUCUGCGACCCAUACUAAGGGGAAUCUCUGUGAUGACAGGCCAUGGAGGUUAUCUUGAGGUGUCAGGACUUUUCGCCCGUGUUUGGGCUAGGUGCCCGCAGGGGUUUCGACCGAUCGUCUGGCGUGGCAAUCAUGUGCUCGCCACACCAGGCUCUGCCCUUCCGGUGCAAGACGGUGAUGUUUUUACAGCUGCCUUUGUGCCUGAGUCCCCACCACGUUCUUCUGUCCUUGACCCACCAGAUGACGGCCCGGACCAACCUGGAGAUGACCAAUCCGGGAGCCCGUAUCCUGGAGGAAGCAAUCCUGGAGCUGAUCGCCAUGCUUCAGAGGCACCCUCGAACCAGGAUGCAGGUACGGGUAGCUCUUGCUCGUCUUCUCCUGCCGACGUGCCCGCAAGUUACCAGAUUGCCUUGCGACCCUACGCAGGGGAGGCCUUCCUGUUUGGCCUUUUCAGCUUACUGCUCUGCGCCCUCGCCAUCCCGUUGCAGUCUCGGGCCCUGCGAGUUGUCCUCCUUUUCGCAACACUCCAACUUCGUGUUGUCGAUGGAGUUAUGUCUGCUGCCUGUGUUUUACCCAAGGGCGAGUUUGCACUCUCCCCUGGGAGCUUCCUUCCAGCACAUGAAGAGGCCCCCACUGCUGCUACUCACGCCCUUGGCGGACCCUUGCCAACUCCCGCCAGAGCACUGUCAUUCGCACGUGUGAAGGGCCCACAUGUGCCCCCUGCCAGCGGCCCUCCCAAAGCAAAUCCUACUCUGUUUGGAGUUAGUUCUGCUGCCGGAAGACCGCCUACAUAUGAGCUUGAGCGUGAGUCUCUGCAACUUGGUAAUCUCUCCACCUUGCUUGAGGACAGCAGGAAUGCAAGUGACGACUAUCCGAUGUACCUCGCUGCCACUCUUCUGGACGCAGUCCUCGAGCAUCACUACGGUGAUCAUGGUUAUCCCCCAACUUCGGCGAAGCUGUCUCUUGUGGAGGCAUUGCCUGCCGACUGCAGCGCUGUACCCCCUGUGCACCCUGCGCCGUGGCCGACGCAUGCUGCCUCUUUCGACCCAUCCUGGAGACACACCAGCUUGCGGCUUGGAGGUGCUGAUCUAGGUUUCACGGCCUCCCAGGCGGCACUUUUUCUACAGCCUCAGGUGUGCUUCGGCGACUUCAGAGACCUUCUGAAGCGCUUGCCUCCAGAUACUGCGAAGUCACUGUGCAGCACUUUCCCAGCAGCCAUCUCAGACUCACCCUUACUCUGCUAUGUUGAUGGGUCUUUUACCCCGGCAACAAGCAGCAGCAAUGCGCUGAUCGGCUGGUCCUGUGUUUUUCUUGAUCUCGAGAAACGCAGUAUCAGCAUUGUCUCGGGGUCUGGGCCCGGAUGGUAUGUUCGGUCGGAAAUACCAGCAUCUGCUUUUGUUGCAGAGUGCAUCGCCAUGACUGCGGCGGUAUGGGUUGGUAGCACAGCUUUCUUUUGCCGGCAGGUCCAGUACCUCUCGGAUUGCCAGGCUGCCAUUCAGGUCGCAUCCGGCAAAGCAGCAUCCUUCGCCAAUGAUGCGGCCCUUGUUUUGAGGCGCACUGCAUCAUGCGCCGAAGCCUUCUUAGGAGCACCUCUCUCAAUUCGUUAUGUUCCCGGCCACAAGGGGCUCUUUGGCAACGAAGCAGCCGACGCGGCUGCGAAACUGGCGUCAAAAGGAAACGCCAUUGGCAGUCUUGUUUGGACCGACGAGACUGGAGACUCUUUUGACUGGUGGGUAUGCCAGGCCCACCGGGUUGAGUGGUGUGGAAUCGCGAUGCGCAGCCUCUUCGGAGACAGGACUCUACCCCCAGUCCAGAGCGCCCCUGCGCAGACCUGCGCACCUUGCGCCAGCGCAGUGCUUUCUGAGCAUUCAGCGCGCCUUCACUGCGUGCGCACCGCACACCCGCCGCGCACACAAUGCGGACUUACGCCCGAGCAAGUGAUGGCUCCAUUCCGCCCUACCCUUCCUACAGAAGGUGCGACAGGUGAGCGUUUUGGCAAACUCCACCUAUGUUUUGCCACCUACAACGUGUUGUCACUGUGCGGCAAAGCUUUUGCUGAUCAACAGCCCGGAGGCCUUGCUUUUGCGGCAGGCAGGCCGGCAAUGUUGGCACGUUGCCUUUCUGAGGCCGGCGUUCAUGCACUUGCUGUCCAGGAAGCGCGUACUGAAACAGGCUUCCUGCGCACAGCAGAUUUCCUGCGGUUUUCAUCUGGACACGAGUCCGGAUGCCUUGGUGUUGAGCUCUGGUUCCUCGAAGGCCAUGCCAUCUUACCUGCCUCAUCUCAAGGAGACGCCAAAGCUGCCUUCAGCAAAGAAGCUUUCAACGUUAUCCAUCGUGACCCACGGCGGCUGAUUCUGAACUUUAGCUCUGGACCCCUCCGCCUCUGCUUUGCCUCCUUGCAUGCGCCUCACCGUGGCACUGAAGCCAGUCAGCUCCACUCUUGGUGGAGCCGGACUUUGGUCAUGAUUAAGGAAGCUGCCGCUCGUUCACCGGUCAUCCUCGGCGGAGACUUUAACGCUUCGGUGGGAUCAGUUAGCUCCAGCCGUAUAGGGGAUUGCGGACCCGAAGAGCAGGACGAGGCAGGCGCAUUUCUCCAUGAGCUUGUGGAUGCCUGCCACGCAUGGAUCCCGGCCACUUGGGACCAAUGUCACACCGGACAGUGCUGGACUUACAUCCAGAAGCGCAACCAGGCACUUACACGUCCUGACCUGAUUUGCCUCCCCGACUGCUGGCGAGACGCCCAAGUCAGCUCAUGGGUUGACCCUAGUAUCCAUGUGGGGCAGCCCUACAUUGACCACCUCGCCAGUGCCAUUCAGGUUAGAGCUUGGUUGAAGGUCAAUAAGGGUGGUAGUCGGCCCAAGCCGGCACGCAUUGACGCCAAGGCCCUCACCGACCCCGCCAAUCAACCCAAGCUUGAAGCCAUCCUCUCCGCGGCACCUAAGAUCCCGUGGAAUGUCUCAGCUGAUGCGCAUGCUGCUCUCCUAGUUGGGUACCUUCAACAGGAGCUCGUUGGGACCUUUGCUGUUGCCAGGGGUCACCCGCGGCAGGCUUACAUCACUGCUGACACCUGGGAGCUUCAUGGUCAGGUUGCUGCAUUGAGGAAGCGAUGUGCACGACUCAGGCGACAAUGCGGCACACACCUGCUUGCCGCUGCUUUCAGGGCUUGGGCGGAAAGGAAUGCAGUGAUACUGCAUGAUGCACUCUCUUCGCCCUGGGCCUCCAAUGCUGCGUCGUGGGGCCAGGCGCAAUCCAGGCAACUGCGAGACCUGUCCCAGCGCCUCCGCAAGGCAUGCAGACAAGACCGUGCGCGGUACCUUUCGGAGCUUGCUGAUGAGGUACAGUCCAACAAGCCUGGCUCCCAUCAAGCUCUGAACAGGCUUCUGGGACUCAAGCAAAAGAAACCCUUUGCCCCAGAUGUGCUGCCUGAAAUUCUUGACCAGGACGGGCAUCCCUGCCCCACGCCCGAAGCCGCCCUUCAACGGUGGCGCAGCUACUUUGGAGAUAUGGAAUCCGGAGUCGAGAUGUCCCCAGCGGAUGUUUUUGCCGAAGCUGGCAAGAGACAUCAUCUUGCAUGGCCUACGCCUCCAGAUGCCCUAUCCUUACCGGGCCCCAGCGAUGUCUGUCGAGCAAUGGCCUCCAUCAAAAGCCACAAAGCCUGCGGGCCCGAUGGUGCCCCGGGAGAACUGUUUAAGACUGCGCCGGCCUUCCUUGCUCCGCUAGUGAUGCCUCUGGUCUUCAAACUUGGGCUCCUAGGUGAAGAAGCUGCUGGGCUGAAGAGCGCUCUCCUGACAUGGCUCUACAAACAACGAGGGGCCAAAAACACAUGCUCAUCGUAUCGUGCGAUAAUGUUGCUCCCCACCUUGACUAAAGUCAUCCACCGAGCAUACCGACCUCGCAUAUACGAGCAUGUGCUUCAUCAUGCACCCCCACUUCUUUUAGGUGGUCGAAGAGGGGCCUCAGCAGUCUUUGGAAGUCAUGUGAUUCGUCUGUUCUGCCGCUGGACAGCAGCCUGCCAGAAGCCUGCCUGUGUCCUUUUCGCGGACGUUGCGUCAGCCUAUUAUAAUUCCAUUCGGGAUUUGACAGCUCGGCGCAUCGACGACCAGAGGCAACCGGUCUCAACGCAUGUGCAUCCUGAUGGCACUGAGCAGCAUGAAGGCCUGGCUAGCGCUCUGCGAGGCCCCAGUGCCUUCGAGGCAAGUGGGGCUAUGGCGUGGUUAGAAUCGCUAGCCGCAGAAUUUCAUCGUGGGUCUUGGUUUUCGCUUCGAGGCGACCACGUACCUGUGGUAACUCGGCGUGGUUCGCGUCCAGGGUCGUCUCUAGCUGACCUCAUGUAUAGCUCUGGGGUCGCGCAGAUCGUGGCGACCCGCGAUGCCUUGCGAGCCCAGUCACCAGAUGCCGGCCAGGUCCCCCAAGUGCCAUGGGAUAGCAAACGUGACUUGUCUCCGACGCAAACCCCCACUACCACGUCGUCACUCAGCGAUGUCAUUUGGGCUGAUGACAUGGCUGAAUGCUUCUUGCUUUCCACAUCUCAGCGCGCUGCACACCAGGUGUCCCUGGAAGCAUCCAUCCUUGAUGAGGCAUUUGCCUCUCAGGGGUACUGCCUCACAUACGGCCUCUCUAAGACUGCAGCACGCGUUCUGUUGAUGGGAGACGGUGCGCUUCUGCGUGGGCCGCUUUCAGACAAGGCAAACUCCGGGCAUAUCGUUGUCGGCGCAUUGCUGUUGCGAGAAGGGGCGCGUGGCCCAGCCUCAACCGUGGCGAAUCUCUCCUUUUCCAGCGUACGGUUAUGUCUGGCCGAUCCACACACCCUGCUUCGUGUGGAAAGGCUGCGCUACCUGCGUCAGCUUUCGCAAGCUGCACCGGACACUCUCUGGGCCCUCCUCAGACAGGACACCUCGUACCUCAAGGAGUUGCGUGACGCCAUGCAAUGGCUAUUUCGGCGAGUUUCGGCCACCGUGCCCUUGCAAGACUCUCUUGUGUGCUGGGAGGAGUGGUCUCAGAUUAUGUGCGAGGCACCAGGUCGUUUCCGAGGGUGGAUUAAACGAGCGGCCGCACUCGAGGCCCUUCGCCUGCGCGGUUUCGCCGCUUUACAGUCCUACAGACGCUGUCUGAUCCCCUUCUGUUCGAAUGAACGCCCGGAGCCCGAGCAUGGCGUUCGCUUUGCCGAGGCUUGCCUGCCGUGUCGCAAAGCUUUCAUUGACAGGGUCUCCUGGGCCUGUCAUGCCAGCAGGCUGCAUGGCUACAGGACCCGAGCCACUGAGGUCACGAAGGGUAUCGACCAGUCAUGGUGCAGCGGAUGCGGCAAACUCUUCGCCAACUCCGGCCGCAUGAAGAGGCAUGUUUUUGUUACUCCAGCGUGUCAGGUGAACUGGGGUACCUUCCACCUUGCUGGUUCUUUGCCCAAACAUCCUCUUCACCCGUCGGCUCCGCCCGUGCAGCUACCUGGCGCUGCUACUCGACCUGCGCGGGAUGCAUCUCAGGACACAUGUCAUCCUGCCCUCCUGGCUGCUCUGCUUGACCUUGACGAGUCGGAUGAUACGCAGGUGUGGGCAGUCAUCCAGGACUUCAUCGCCCCGAUUGAGCACCUGAGACGUACUGUCGAAGUAUGGAGAGCACAUCCCUCAGCACAGCCUUUUGCGGGGGAAGCAGCCAGCAAUAUGCUGCUCUUGCUGGAUCCUGAAGUUUGCUGCGACUCCUUCCAGCAACCCAAGACGCAGCCCACGCACUUGGACUUUCUUGCACCUCUCCUCCCUCCUUCUGGAUUUGGCCUUCCUCUAGCCUCAAGUGGGGUUCUCGCUUCCUUCGCCAUUGAAGCUCCCCCACUGCCUUGCUUCGUCUACCCGUUUGACUGCAGCGUUCCGCUUGCAGCUGCUGACAGGCAUGUGGCUUGGUUGGAAGCUUCAGUUGAGGUGCUCGCUGCCUGCACCCAAACCUCCGCAACCAGCCCAGUGCGGAUUGGGGCACCUGUGACAGCACUCCGUUGCCUCGAGCCGGCGAUUUCUUGGCUUAAGGUCGGGGGUCUAGUCAGUACAGCGGAAGGCCUCGCCUCUCCUUGA